AUGGCUUCCCCAUCCUUGCCCAUUGCUGUCGACCCAGUCGCUUUAGUAACGACAGAAUGUAUCACCGUCACCUCGGCCAUGCGGAAACAUGCCCGCUGGGCUCACUCUUCCGUUGCUGCCAUACUCGGCGGCGGUGCUACUUCACGCGUCUAUGACCGCGACACCUCAGCUCCCUCCAGUCCCCCCAACGGCAUCACACCUACCCGUCCGAGAUCGAGACAACACUCCGCAGAAGACGACCAUGCCCUGGCGAAUAGGUGGGGACUGAGGGGGAAGAAAGGCAAGAGCAUGCAGGAUAACCCCCUCAUUUCCGCUUUUACUCGACUGCGGAGUGAUCUCAAAGACUGCAAAGAUAUCAAGUCUUUCGAUGCGCCCUCCUUGCUACAUCCGUUCCUUCAAGUCAUCCGGUCAUCCUCGACCUCCGCCGCUAUCACCUCUCUUGCCUUGCUUGCCUUGACAAAGUUCUUCGCUUACAAGAUCAUCGACCGUACAUCCCCGAGAAUCUCCAUGGCCAUGCAGCUGCUGUCAGCAGCCAUAACCCACUGCCGAUUCGAAGCCAGCGAUUCGUCGGCCGAUGAGAUUGUCCUACUAAGGAUUCUAAAACUGAUGGAGGGCAUGCUGUCGGGGCCGGAAGGUGAACUUCUGGGUGAUGAGAGUGUCUGCGAGAUGAUGGAAACAGGUCUGAGUAUGUGUUGUCAGGGCCGCCUCUCGGAAGUGCUCCGGAGGUCUGCUGAAAUUGCAAUGGUCAACAUGUGCCAAGUCUUGUUCAUGCGGCUAUCAGUGUUGGAUGCUACCUCCCAACCAUCGGACCUUGAUAUUCAGAAUGCAGCUCAAUCAGGAGAGGGUCAGCAAGCAAACUUCAAGAUGGACCCUUCCGUCGAUGGAGACACGGUUGCUUCCCAACAUCCUUCUGCCAUGGGCUCGGACACCGGUGUCACAGAUCGCGAUCAUGCCAGUUAUGACAGUUCUUUUGACCAAACGCUCAAUGGCAAUGCACUUGCCGCGCUUCCUGAAUCUGAGAACGAAUUGGGAGGCGAAGUAAAACCCUAUUCAUUAGCUUCUAUACGGGAACUGUUUCGCGUGCUCAUUGAUCUCUUGGAUCCACACAACCGACAACAUACUGAUGCAAUGAGAGUCAUGGCUCUGAGGAUCAUCGAUGUUGCCUUGGAAGUUGCUGGUCCCUCAAUCGCCAGGCAUCCCAGCUUAGCGUCCUUGGCGCAGAACGAUCUGUGCCGUCAUCUAUUCCAACUCGUUCGAUCUGAGAAUUUAGCGAUUCUUACUAGUUCUCUCAGAGUGGCUGGAACACUACUUCUAACUUGCCGCCCUGUCUUGAAGCUCCAGCAAGAGCUCUAUCUAUCGUACCUAGUUGCGUGUCUUCACCCGAAGGUAGACAUACCGAGGGAGGCCGGUAUUGACCCUGCUCUAUACGAAGGAGUGCCGCAGGCGCCGAAACUCGUGAAGCCCCCUCCCUCACAGAAUAGCAGUGGGCGGUCUACUCCGGUACCAGUGAAAGAUCGACAAAAGCUGGGUCUAGAAGGAAGCUCUAGGAGGCCCGAGACCAGAGAAGCAAUGGUUGAAAGUAUUGGCGUGCUGGCACGCAUUCCGAGCUUCAUGGUCGAGCUCUUUGUCAACUAUGACUGUGAUGUCGAUCGAGCUGAUCUGUGCGAGGACAUGGUCGGUUUACUCUCUCGAAGUGCCUUUCCCGAUUCAGCCACAUGGAGCACCACCAACGUGCCUCCGCUCUGCCUGGACGCCCUCUUGAGUUACAUUCAGUCAAUCUACGACAGGCUGGAUGACUCGCCUGUUGUCGAUGACUUUCCAUCAAAGGAACGUCUAAGGGACCAACGCCAGACGAAGAAAAUCAUCGUUCAGGGGGCUCAAAAGUUCAACGAGGACCCCAAAGGCGGAAUCGCCUAUCUAGCUUCAAGAGGCAUAAUUGAGAAUCCAGACGACCCCGUUCAGGUCGCUCGAUUUUUGAAAGGAACCACCCGGUUGUCCAAGAAGAUCCUUGGUGAAUUCAUCUCCAAAAAGUCCAACGGGGAACUUCUCGAUGCUUUUGUCGACCUUUUCGACUUUUCGGGGAAAAGCGUAGUUGACGCCCUUCGAGACCUCUUAGGUGCCUUUCGACUUCCUGGCGAGUCUCCUUUGAUUGAACGGAUUGUCACUACUUUUAGUGACAAAUUCAUCGAGAAGGCUCAACCAGCAGGAAUUGCCGACAAGGAUUCCCUCUUUGUACUAACAUAUGCUAUAAUCAUGCUUAACACUGAGCUCUACAACCCGAACGUGAAGUCUCAGAACCGUAUGUCAUGCAACGACUUUUCGAAAAAUCUGCGGGGGGUGAAUGCGGGUCAGGAUUUCGCUCCUGAGUUUCUACAAGAGAUAUAUGACUCCAUCAAAGAGAAUGAAAUCAUCCUGCCAGAUGAGCACGAUAACAAGCAUGCCUUCGAUUUUGCAUGGAAGGAGUUGUUGGCAAAGUCAGCUUCCACUGGGGAGCUGGUUGUGGGUGAAACCAAUAUCUACGAUGCAGACAUGUUUGCGGCUACUUGGAAACCUGUCGUCGCAACCUUGUCCUACGUUUUCAUGUCCGCUUCAGAUGAUGCGGUAUACUCUCGCGUGGUAGUGGGAUUUGACCAGUGCGCUCAAAUUGCAGCCAGAUACGGUUUGACUGACGCUUUUGACCGCAUCAUAUUCUCACUUGCCUCAAUCAGCACCCUUGCCACGAACAGCCCCCCUAGCACCGCUCUCAACACCGAGGUACAGGCUGGGAAAAAGAGCGUCAUGGUUAGCGAGCUGGCCGUCAAGUUCGGACGAGACUUCCGAGCUCAAUUAGCCACCGCUGUGCUUUUCCGCGUUCUAGCGAACAACGAGGGCUCGCUUCAACAGGGUUGGACCCAUAUCAUUCAGAUUCUUCGAAAUCUUUUCCUUAAUUCUCUUAUUCCGGCGUUCGACUCUAACCUAAAUUCUGAUCUCGACAUCCCCCCAAUUCCUUUACAGACGCCAUCGCAAGUCGUAGAUCGCGAUGGGCGAGGAAAUGACACGGGUCUCCUGUCUGCUUUUACAUCCUAUCUCUCUAGCUAUGCGGCCGACGAUCCUCCGGAGCCCUCGGAUGAAGAACUUGACAAUACCCUCUGCACAGUGGACUGUGUAAGCGCAUGUUCAAUUGGAGAUCUUCUGUCUAAUAUCAGGUCUCUCCCUAUCGAAUCUGUGACAGUGAUUGUGGAUGCUCUGCUGGCUCAGCUGCCUGAAGAAAGUGCACCAGCUGUUAUCGUCGUGAAACCUGAGCGGCCUCUUCCGUCGUCGAGAGCGAAUUCCAGAGCAGGCACCAGUACAAAUCAAUACGAUCCUGGAAUGAUGUACCUGCUGGAGUUAGCCGCCAUUCUCACUCUGCGUGAUUCACAAACAAUUCAGACCCUCGGUGAGGGGCUCUUGGCUUCUCUUCAAGGUUUCAUUCGAGACGCCCAAAAUCUUCACUCUCUAGCAUUGUCUAGAGUGACGACUUACUUGCUGAACCUGCUCCGGCUUAGCCAUGAUCAACCUUAUAUGCGCGUCCCCGUGAUCCUUCAUAGCAUCUCCAGCUUCGAUCAGGACACCUUGGAGAGUGUCGCCGUACCCACCGUCAAGGGACUUUCACGUUGUGUCUUCGAUGGUAGUCUCUUGCGAAAUGAGAUUACAGUCUCUCCGGAUUUCUGGUCUAUCCUGCAACGACUUCACCAGCACAAAGAAGCUGCGCCCUUGGUGUUUAGCCUCUUAAAAACUGUCGUUGAUUCGAGCCCACCGCUUGUAACAGCUGAUAACUAUGAAACGGCCGUUGGCCUUGCGAAUGAUUUCAUCAGCGCCGGCAGCGUUGGCUACAUUGAGGAGCGACAGAGGGACGCACUUGCUCGACGCUCCAAAGGCCACAAACAGCCCAAACCGAGUGAAAAUGAACUUGUUUCACGUGCCGUGACCGCUAUAGGCUUGAUCUACCAUCUUACUGGCCGGACCCCGUCUCUGAUCAAGCAGUCACAUCUCGAGGACGGCGAAGCCUGGUCAGCAUAUUGGUCACCAAUAUUCCAUUCUCUGACUACGCAAUGUAUCAACCCCUGCCGCGACAUUAGACAUCACGCAAUUUCAACCCUACAGAGAUGCCUUCUUUCCGUCGAGAUCGGUGGGACUAAGGAGUGGACAGCAAUUUUUGACCAGGUUCUCUUCCCGCUAAUUCUGCGGCUCUUAAAGCCUGAGGUAUACCAUUCAGAUCCAGUCGGGAUGGGCGAGACACGUGUUCAGGCAGCGACUCUGGUUUGCAAGAUUUUCCUGCGUUAUCUCGACCAACAACCCAACGCCGAAGGCAUGCUUGAGCUCUGGCUCAAGAUCUUAGAUAUCCUUGACCGAAUGAUGAACAGCGGCCAAAGCGAUAGCUUGGAGGAAGCCAUCCCGGAGAGCAUCAAGAAUAUCAUCCUGGUCAUGGCAGAUGGCGGCUAUCUCGUCCCACCAUCCCAAGACCCCAGCAAAGAGACUACCUGGGCUGAAACGAAGAAACGCCUAGACCGUUUCCUCCCGGAUCUAUUCAAGGAACUAUUCCCUGACACGCCCAAGGACAUUCCCGCCCCCUCUUCUCCGGCCGCGGGAUCCCCGUCAAUUACGGCUCCCCAAGAAACGCCCUCGGAUGAGAAGAAGGAGGUUCCGACCGAAGGUGCUGAGGCCACUCCUGAAGUGCCCCCUACUAGGAACGAUGAGAAGAAGGAUUAA